UCCAAGGCAUCCCAUCUUCCUGAUUAUCCCGUCUGUCCUCCAAAGUCGUCACUCGAGAAAGCCUACAAAGCCGCAAACCACCUCAACCCCCGAGCAUACUGCAAUUGAACCGAUCAAAAUGGGUCUCGUCGACGCGAAGAACAAGGUCCCGGAGCUCCAGAAGUUCUACCAGACCGCCUAUAAGGAGCACACCCGUGUCUGGAAGAUCAACCCUCGUAGCCGUCUCUACAUGACCCCCUACGUUAUCCUCCUGUGGGGAAGCAUCGGUGCUUCUUUCUACGGUGCCGGUCGCAAGGUUCUUGGCUACAACACCUACUUCGGCAAGAACUAGACGCUGUCCGCGAUGUAUUCCACGCGAUAGAGCGAGGGGCUCGGGGUCGGACUGUAUGAUUCGUAGGGCGACCAAUAGACCGAAUUGGCCUUAGAGUGGCCUUGCUUUUGUUGCCUACAUUCCCGUUCUUGGCGAGGUAGGGACACAUGAUGGCGUCUCGAUCGUGAAUGAUUCUUGACCAUGCCCGCCAGAAUUACCAAAUGGCAAUCUUUCCCUGCUUCUCUCUUUUUAAC